UGUAAUUGUUAGUUGUAAUUUAACUGAUACAUGAUACAAUAUGUCAUUAUUAAAAAUGUGUGAUAAAUUACCAAGUGAUUUAGAAAGGUAUGAGUGUUUCAGAAAAGAAUGUUUUUCGAAAAUUUAUGAUUACAACGCGUUAUCAAUUAUUAAAACAAGAUUUCCCAAACUCAGUGUAAGAAAUUAUUACACUGUCAAAUAUAGUAGUUUGGUUGCAAGCAAAUUUUAUGAAGAUAUUUUAAAAUCAUACAAUUUAUGGCAGUAUUACGUGAAUUUAAGAUCUGUUCCAGAUCAAAUGAUAUCAAAGCUUAGUAGCUCUGAUCAAAAUUAUAUAUGUACUGCUGUCUUUGGAAAAUAUAUUGCGCUAGCAACUGAUUCAAAAAUAAAUAUUUAUACCUUAAAUUCCCAAAACUUUACAUUAAAAAAUUAUCAUUCUUUCAAUUUGAUAAUGAAUAUGAAGGUUACAGAAUUAAAAUUUGGGUAUUUGGAUGAUGGAAAAAAAAAAUGUUUAUGUUUAAUUGCAACUUCUACUGCAAGAUUUAUGAUGGCUUGGGAUGUAGAGAAAAAAAAAGCGCUUACACUUAAUGGAAGCGAAGAUCAUUUAUGUCCUGGAACAGCGCGUAAUUUCUACAUGUCAUGGAAUCUCAUUAUUAAUAAAUAUAAAAUAGAAUCUGGUGUAAUGAAGGUUGAAAGUACUGUAAAAUUAUCUGAUUUGAAAAAAGAUGGAAAAAAACUUGUACUCAGUGACAUUGAUGACCUUAAAACAGAACCAGCAAAUUUAGGAAAAAUAGUAGCUCUUGAUUCAAGUGAAAUGGAUAUCUUUGCAUUGGUUUGUCGUGUAGAGAAAGGACAACUUGUUUUAAAACGUUUUGUUUUUGAAGAUAUUUUAUUAAUUUGUACUGAAGGCGGAUUACUGUACGACCGUAUAAAUACUUACGUACCAUUACCCGAAACAUUUAAAGAAGAAAAAACAAAAUUUUAUCUCACGGUUGACGAUUAUGUGAUUUGUACUUGCGGUCACAAUCUUGCUAUUUACGAUGCAGUAAUAAAUGAUUGGGUAGUCCACGAGGUAUUUGAUGAACAGAAAUACGUGGAGACUUUGAUGAUUCACGCGAAUUUACUUCUCUUAGGUUUUAAUACUGGAGAAAUUUAUGCAUAUGACGUCAGUGUUCCACAAUAUAUGGUGAAGAAAAAUUUUUUCAAUCCAACCUUAGAUAGCGAGUAUAGAUAUACAAUUAAUCUCAACGCCGGUCGAAUUAUUGCAUUUAAUGUUUUUGAACAUGAAAUGACGAUCGAUGAGAAAAGACAUUUUUUUCCUUUUCUUCUUAUAACAACUGAAAAAAAUACUUACCUUUUAAAAUUCACUGAUACAAAUUAAAAAAAUUAAUCUCCUGAUUUAAAGGACCGCGGUAAUUUUUCAAAUAAAUUUAAAAUUUAUUAAUCUGUACUUUACUUUAAUCAAUUGCUCAAAAAAUUACCGUGUCCUUUUUUUUAAAUUUAAUUAUUAUGAGUAAAAUAAAAAAACUUUUUUGAUAAAUCUGUUAACUGUAAAAAAAAAAAAUGAAAUUAAGGAAUAUAAAUAAAUAAAUAAAUGAAUAUUGAA